GUGGAGGCGUCGGCGGAGGCGGCGGUGGCGGAGGUAAGUCGGGUGGCCGGCCAAAGGGCAUCACCAGGCGCGAGACGCUGGCCGACAUCGCCAAGACGCUGCCGUUCGGUCGGUCCAACACGAUCACGUCGUCCCGGAAGCGGCGGGAGUCUUCCGUCGACUCGGGCGUCAAGUCGUCGUCCAGCAAGGGCGGUCGCCGGGACUCCAAGACCGACUUCCGGGCCGACAUCGCCAAACUGCUCAACAACCGCCGCGACUCCAUCAUAACGCCCAGUAGCGUUUCGCAGCAGCCCAGGCGCAGAGGAUCUGGAGACGUCGGCCAUUCAGACGGCGAUGGUGGGCGUCGCGGGUCCAGGGACGACGGCCGUGCGUUCCGACAGCACCGCACGUGCCACAAGCGCAGGGACUCGCAGGCAAUCGUCGUGCAGGGCCAGUCCACGUCCUCCAACGGGUCAACGGGUGGGCACGGUGGCGGUGACGGUCCCAUAAGGACGGUGGACGACCAGACCAUGACACCGCCGACGAUGGUCAUCAGCAGCGUGACGCCCCCUCCCACAUCGCCACGCGCUCCUCUGUCGCCCACACACCAACACGCACCGUCGUCGUCCGUCUCGUCCGGAACCACGUCCAUCUCCAAUGCCGCUAACUCCGCCUCCAUUACCGCCACUGCCAACACAUCCACGGCGCCCAUACAGCACAGCGUUUCAUGCGGUUACACGCCGCCAGUGUCGGUGCCCAGCUCGCCAGUGUCUGCAGUCCCACCAACGUUGGGUGCCAGCAACGUGACGCACGCACCGCCCGUGUCGCGCAGAGAUUCUACCACUCAAGUGUAUUCUUCGAGAGCACGCCGAAAUUCUAAAUCUCACGUGUCACCCGAACGAAGGCAUAGCAAGGACGGAAUAUCAGUUGGGAACAAGUUACCCAGACUGCAGCGGCAAUCGACGGCCAUCGACGAGACCUGCAUGCCGUCAAGUUUGCAGUGCGGCCGGCGGAGCUCGCAACCAACGCUGUCCGCGGACCAGGACUUUACGGACCGAAAGACCAGGCGCGACUCGCUGUCGCCCGACUCUGCGCACUACGCCCGGCGCAGAGACUCCAGAGUCAGUGGCGGUCUAUCGCCGGACAGACAGGGCAGGGAUGUAUCACCUGGCAGACAGAGACGCCGUAGAAACUACAGACGCCAGAGCACUACGAUGGGUGGUUACAACGUACGCAGCUGCCAGUCUUCCAGGUCACCAGAUUCAUCGUCGUCAUGCUCGUCCCGUGAACCCUCCCCGGCUGGCAGGGCCGUAGCACCCGCGACUUCUCAGCGGACGCCGAUCAUCCGCAGACAGUCCACAACCGAAGAGAUAUUGAUUGCCAGGGGCUUCCGGAGACAAUCCACUACCGAAGAAAUGAUACGGUGUAGGAAUUUCCGACGACUAUCGUCUCAGUCAGAUGAAUGCUACCGUACAAGAGGCCGGAGAGAUUCAAGUACGCAAAUCAUAGAUGGAACUCUGGCCACCAUGGCCGUCGAGACAAGCAGCACUUUGUUCGAUUCCAGCACUCAAACAGAAACUUCUCUGUUGUAUGACAACAAGCACUACCACGAAGAAUGUUUGCGCUGCAACUCGUGCGGAAUGAACCUUACCGGCCCGAACCAGAAACGGGCCAGGAGGUUCAAGAAUCACAUACUGUGUGAUCUACACUUCGCCGACGUGGCCUUGAUGGAGUGCUCAGAUUUCAUGCAACAACUUCGCAGUUUCAAACCACAAUCGUUGGGUUGUGCUGUGGCCAGGAGGAAAAGCUCUACGACGCUCAUAUUCCCGUUGCCACCGCAGGCGUGUGGAGGUGAGCGCUUUAUAUUAUGACGAUAUAAAAAUUAGUUUG